AUGAUCCAGCGGGUGUAACGGCUCAGCGGACCCCGCACGGAAGAGAAAAGCCUCCCGCACAGCCCUCGGACAACCGGACCGCCGCCACCCCUCGACGCCCGGCCACGUCGCCCCCGCCCCCGCCCCUUCCCCCCGCAGGGAUGAGUGCCGGCGCUCCGAGAGGCCUGGCCAGCUCGGGGCAGAAGCCCAUCACGGAGAUCCUCCACCCGCUGUCCGCCGCCGAGGAGGCGCUCUCCCCGGGGCCAGAUGUCACCGGAACCGUCGGAGGGGACAAGCAGGAGCCGGGCCUGACCAACGGCACGCCAGUGGACACGUCCAGCCCCGCCUCCGCGCCGCAGCUGCUGCUCAGCAGGCUGCAGCUGGACGACGACCUGGAGGCGGACGCCCGGGACCCCUACGCCUCCACGGAAACCAAGGACCUGUUUGUCACCGUCGACGACCCCAAGAAGCACGUCUCCACCAUGGAGACCUACAUCACCUACAGAGUCUCCACCAAGACGUCUCGGAUAGAGUUCGAUUUGCCGGAGUACUGCGUUCGGCGGCGUUACCAGGACUUCGACUGGCUGAGGAUCAAGCUGGAAGACAGUCAGCCCACCCACCUCAUCCCCCCACUGCCAGAGAAGUUUGUCAUGAAAGGUGUGGUGGACCGCUUCUCGGAGGAGUUCGUUGAGACCAGGAUGAAAGCCCUGGACAAGUUCCUCAAGCGGGUCGCCGACCACCCCGUCCUCUCCUUCAACCCUCAUUUAAACGCUUUCCUUUCUGCAAAGGACCUAAACAAACGUCAGGGUCUGGCCCUCCUGACCAAAGUGGGCGAGUCGGUGAAGCACGUGGCCGGGGGCUACAAGCUGCGGGCGCGGCCACCCGAGUUCUGCGCCAUGGGGGAGUAUCUGGACACCUUCAGCCAGAAACUGGGAACGAUCGACCGCAUCGCUCAGCGGAUCAUCAAGGAGCAGUCAGAGUACCUGACCGAGCUGCGUGAGUACGGCACCGUCUACUCCAGCUGGGCGGGGUCGGAGGAGGAGCUGCAGCGCCCCCUGGAGGCCGUGGCCGGCAGCAUAACCACGUGCUGCGGCGCGCUGGACGACCUCAGCGAGAACAUGAGCCAGGACUUCCUGCCCGUUCUGAGGGAGUACGUCCUCUACAUCGAGUCCAUGAAGAACGUUCUGAGGAAACGAGACCAAAGUCAAGCGGAGUACGAAGGCCGCCUGGAAGCAGCGGUGUUGCGCAGACAAGAAGACAGAACGCCUAUCCCGGCGGAGGUGGAGAAGUGUCAGGACAAGGUGGAGUGCUUCAACGCCGACCUGAAGGCGGACUGGGAGCGCUGGCAGAGCAACAAGAGACAGGACUUCAAGCAGCUCCUCACCGGCAUGGCCGACAAAAACAUCAGCCACUAUGAAAAGUGCCAGGCGGCGUGGGAGUCCCUCAUAGCUCUGCUCCAGGACAAACAGACUGAGGACAAAACGAGCGAGACGAACUGAAACACCUGCCUCCCGCUCUUCUUCAACACGCUCUCUCAUGCCAAGGAAAAAAAAAAACAACACAGAAACCAAGAAGAAAAGUCCAGUCGGGCGGCGGAUUGUGACCGCUACAGGAACUCGUCUCUGUCAGAGAGGGGACCAGCAAUGAGGUAACGAACGGCUUACUGGCGGACAUCCAGGAAGGAGGAAAAACCUACGAUGUACAGCUCUUUUUUUUUGUUUUGUUUUGUUUUCCAGUGUUGUUCCUAUUAACUUUUUCUACUUCAUUUUUUUCCAGUUAACAGUCAGUUGCCAAUGCUGCUUAUGUUUAUUUAAAAGUGGUUUUGGACAGGUGUGUUUCCUGUCUCCCAUUUUCACAUUGAGACAAAAUGUGAAGGUUGGAAAAAAAAAAAAAAAAGCUAUUAAUGCUUUUACAGGCAGAUUUCGCUCUAAUAUACGAGUUCAGAGCAUCUCAAGUUUGUUACGUUUUCAGAACUUUCUUGAUGAUGUUUUUUUUUCUCUCUCUCUCUCUCGUUGGGAUGUGAAAGCCUCAGAAAUGUUCAAACUAAAACUCACUGCUGAAACGGGACUCAUGGUAUCAUUUUUCAUUGCCAUAAAAAGCUACAGCGCUUACACUAAAACACCACAACUGUUAUUCUAGGCCGGAUUUAGGCUGUCGUUCCUGCGUUUCCCAUUGCAGUUGUUUAAUGGAGAUGAAUGGAGCUUGAUCUGUGUAGGAUUACAAACAAAAAGCAAAAAAAAAAAACAGGAAGUGCAUUUACAAGCAGGAGGCGGAGCUGCGUUCAAUGAUGACGACUUGGGCUGAGAGACAGAAUUGGAGGAAACUCAAGAUUCUAACAUGACUUCAACGGUGCUAUUGGCAGGUGUGUCCACCCACUGUAUGCUAAAGAUGGAGCUGAUUGACAUCCAGUUUGUCUCAGUCCAACACGAAAAGGAAAAAUACAGGAGUAAAACAUUUGCAGAUCGAAUAUCUUGCAAGCUCAGUGGGAUUGAGGACAGACUGGAUGCCGCACAGAGCACAAACAUCUUGUGAAGCGUGCAGAUGAUGAAACAACAAAGAAGACAGGGUGUCAUGUGUUUGCAGUGUUCUGCUUUUGUAAACUCUGCAUAUUGAAAAUAUCCUAAGCUGCACCAGGAACUUGCAGAUUUUAAUUCCAGGAUGUCUCCUGGCAAGUCCCCAUCUUCAACCAGAAGCAUUAUGGGAAUUUCUGUGAUGCUGUUACAAUAAAACUGAGUACCUGAGAAAGACCCAGAAUCCUCAACCUCUGACAGAUCUGUUUCUGAUCACAUGGUCCACUCUGGACAUCCAGAAGGGCUUAGAUGAGAUGAAUUUUCUCUCUCAUGCCAAGUGAUCAUAAAAGCGUCUUUGUUUUUGUGAAUGCAUGAAAAUAAAGUUGGAAUUAAGUGGCGUCCAAGAGAGAAUUACACAAACAGCUCAAAAGAAAUCGUGGGAAGCAUUUUUCAAAAAUGGGAAAACGGACAGGCAGCAUUGAUUUGUCAUCAUAAUUUGCUUCUUAUUCGUUGCUGCUGAUGAAACCUUGUUUUAUUGUAGAAACCCCCUCUGAAAGAUCUGCUCCCUAAGGCCUCACUGUUCUCAUUUCCCCUACUGAGACCCUUUUGGUUCUGGUUGGCCAACUGAUUCGUCCCCAUCCUUCGUUGCAUUGCUACCUCAUUUUUCUCAGCAGAAAGUAGCCGAACCUGACCAGCGAUGCCAGGGACACUUCUUCUCAGUACCAGUUUCUUUACUGAUCUUUUAUCGGAAAACUGUUAAAUUUAAGUGAGAUUGAAUAACAGAGACUUGUGGAUUGGGCUGACGUGUUUUUUUUUUUUGUUCCCCUCUGGCCCCGUUUACACGACGGCGCUCAAGUGAAGACUCAAAGCAUUUGUUGCGUUUUGGGUGUCCGUUCUGAAAACGGCUGGCAAAAACAGGACUUUUUGAAAGCGUGUAAAAUCUGUGUGAAAGGGGUAAAACACAACUGUUCGAAAACACGCCGAGUAGAUGGCAGGAGUGCUGCUGGUGCACGUGCACGCUGCGUCCAUAGUAGAUGGACAGUGACAACAAUGGUGGAGCUUUCAUUUUAAACCAUGUAAUUGCGGUCUCAGAUAUUUUUGGGAAUUUAAGUUUUUAUUUUUAUUUUUUUGUUUAAGUUUCACGUCAUUAUCGGUCAAGCAGUUUUUCCACCUGUUACCUUUUGCUCCUGGAAGAAUCAAACAUCGGAGUGAUUCCGUCUGCCACCCUGUGGUACAAAGUGGUAUCACAUGGCUACUGACAUUAUAUAUUCAUGUAGUCAGGGAACUUGUUUUUUUCUCAUCCUACAAAUAUAAUUGUCAGGAACACCAAAACCUCUGCUUCUCAUGACCAAGGGGACUUUUUCUCCAUCCUGAUCUUUGUCUUUUCCUUUUUUGCCUUUGAGCUUUAACAGCAUGAUGCAGCUACAUUUGUUCAUAUCUCUAAUCAAUAAGGUGACACGUGAAGAAAAUAUUGUGUUGGCAUUCAGCCGUUCUGAAACUAGAAGGAGAAAAGCUCUCCAUGUGGCUGUGGUUCAGUCUUGAGGCAGCUACUUGUUCGAUUCUACAGAUGCACUAAUGCUAAGAAGGGAAAUUGCUCCAUUAGUGUAAUGGAAUAAAAUAUCACAUUCACCAAAGGAAUUCUUUUAUUCUGUGUGAAAACAAAGCUGAAGACUGUAUAAGCUCUUUGACUUUAUUUACGCAUUUUCCUUUACUUAUGUUGUCUGUAACCCAAGUGCAUUUUAGUUUAAUGACUUGAAAUAAUCAAGAAAAGGUCAUGUAGCAAACACAACACAAAAUCUGGUAAGACAAAACCUUCCUUUUCUGUUUACAUGGUCAGAUUGGUACUUUUUUGUUUACAGCCAAAUACUGUGAAAUUUGCAAUUUGAUAUAUUAAAAAAGAAAAAAAAAACUCAUCCAUUGGUGCAUCUGUAGAUGAGAGUUUGGUGUCCAUGAAGUAGCCAGUUUUGGGAUCAUUUAGACUAAAACUGAAAUGUACAUAACUAUUAACUAUUGGUGAAUCUAUUUUUGUACACAGCAAGCCUCGGCUUGUUGUUGAGGGAGCACAUAAAUAUUCCAAUCACACAGUUUAUAGAAGGGACUGGAGCUGUGCGUUGACCCAAAGGUGACGAGUUUGAAAUGUUAAUACACAUCAGAGCCCUGACAGUAGAUAUUUGUUGAAUGAGCUGAGUGUACUCUUUAAUAAUAGCCAUUGUAAAAGCUCCCUCCUAUACUGUGUGCCUGCUGAUUUACUUUGCACUAUAUCCGUAGACGUGUCUGGAAACAAAAUAACUAAAUCAAAUGUUAGUUUUCUUUCAGCUGCCUGAAAAAAAACAGUGGAGAGUUCAGAACAUGCAGAAAUAUAAGUAAAGGGAUCAUCUGCAAAGCUGAUAUCGAGGGGAGAUUUUUUUUUUCUUUUGUUUCUAAGCCAAAUGUUCCCAUCUUUUCCCUAUGUCUUCCCUGCGUAGAUUCACACAUGAAAACAAACUUUUUUUCUUUUAUUUUUUUUUAACAGAUGUAAGGACAAACCCAGCAAAAAAUAAGCUUACCACUCAGACGACUUCUGAAUGUGUGAAUCUGGCACGAGUCCUUCUUUUACUUUUUUUUUUUUUUUUUUAAUAUUUCGGUUCCUCUUCAGUGUGUACUGUUUACGUUUAGAGUCCUGAUUGUACAUUUGGAUGUUAAUAACAUUUUGUUGUAAUUAUAAAGAAGCCUGUAUAUUGAUGUUGUUUUGAUGCAAUUUAUCUUUACCACAAAUGAUUUUUUUUUUUCCAGAUAUAUUGGACCAAUAAUAAAGAAGACAAAUACA